AUGACUAACUGUGGUGCGUGUAAAAAAUUGAUCGUUGGAGAGAACGAAACGAUUAAAUGUGGGAAAUGUAUCAAAACGUUUCACUUGGGCUGUACUCCAAUACAGUCUGAGGCCAACAUAGCCCAGCUGGGAGUGAGAACGGAAACGUGGGAAUGUCCAAAAUGUACCUCGCAGUCAGAAGAAACCGUAGAGAGUUUCGUGGACGAAGUGGUCACAAGAAGUGUUAUUGAAGAUAUUUUGGGAGAGAUGAAGACGAGUUCCACACAGAAAAUAGAAGCUGUGACGAAAGAGUUGGACGUGAUGAAAAAGUCUGUUAUGUACUUGUCAAGGCAAGUGGAUGAGUACAAGAAUACCGUACAACUGGUAGAGGAGGAAAUGGGUCGCCUACAGACGGAAAACUCCAGGUUGCAGACCAAGAACGGGAACAUGUGGAGAACCGUGAUACGUCUGGGAGAUGACGUCACUGAGCUGCAGCAGCUGAGGUGGAGAGAGGCAAGUGGAGGAGUUCAGGCAGCUAGAGAGGUGGUAGACGAGGUUGGUUCACCUAAAGCGGCUUUGGCACUGUGUCUCAGCUUUCUCUCAGUAGCUGGUAUUUUGGGCUUCAUCGCUUCAAGAGUGUUUAAAAGAGCAAUGAAAAUCAUCACGAAUGAGCAAGAGAAGCAGAACUCAACUUUCCUCUUUUGA